AUGUGGUCUGUCUUUGUGGAAAUGGUCACGAUUUCCUUUGAGCACUGGGGUAAUUCUGGAGCUUGCUGGUUGGCUGGUUUCUGGGCCUUGACAGCUGCCGCCUUGAAUACAGCAGUUGGAGGCAUUCACGUGUUCGUGCAAACCUGGAAAGGGCUGGUUGGUAGCAAGGAGCGGUCUUGUUUAACAGUUCCUCUCUUAUCCCUGUCUCUUCUAGGUGAAUCUGGACUGGGGAAAUCAACAUUAAUCAACUCAUUAUUCCUCACAGAUUUGUAUUCUCCAGAAUAUCCGGGUCCUUCUCAUAGGAUAAAAAAGACUGUACAGGUGGAACAGUCCAAAGUUUUGAUCAAAGAAGGUGGUGUUCAGCUGCUACUCACAAUAGUUGAUACACCAGGAUUUGGAGAUGCCGUGGACAAUAGUAAUUGCUGGCAGCCUGUAAUUGACUACAUUGACAGUAAAUUUGAGGACUACUUAAAUGCAGAAUCUCGAGUGAACAGACGUCAGAUGCCUGAUAGCAGGGUGCAGUGUUGUUUAUACUUCAUCGCUCCUUCAGGACAUGGACUUAAACCUUUGGAUAUUGAAUUUAUGAAGCGUUUGCAUGAAAAAGUGAAUAUCAUCCCACUUAUUGCCAAAGCAGAUACACUCACGCCAGAGGAAUGCCAACAGUUUAAAAAACAGAUAAUGAAAGAAAUCCAAGAACAUAAAAUUAAAAUAUAUGAAUUUCCAGAAACAGAUGAAGAAGAAGAAAAUAAGCUUGUUAAAAAGAUAAAGGACCGUUUACCUCUUGCUGUGGUUGGUAGUAAUACUAUCAUUGAAGUUAAUGGCAAAAGGGUCAGGGGAAGACAGUAUCCUUGGGGUAUUGCUGAAGUUGAAAAUGGUGAGCACUGUGAUUUUACAAUUCUAAGAAAUAUGUUGAUAAGAACACACAUGCAGGACUUAAAAGAUGUUACUAAUAAUAUACACUAUGAAAACUAUCGAAGCAGAAAACUGGCAGCUGUGACUUACAAUGGAGUUGAUAAUAAUAAGAAUAAAGGGCAGCUUACCAAGAGUCCUCUUGCACAAAUGGAAGAAGAAAGAAGGGAACAUGUGGCUAAGAUGAAAAAGAUGGAGAUGGAGAUGGAACAGGUGUUUGAGAUGAAAGUAAAAGAAAAAGUUCAAAAACUGAAGGACUCUGAAGCUGAGCUCCAACGGCGCCACGAGCAAAUGAAAAAGAAUUUGGAAGCACAGCACAAAGAAUUAGAAGAAAAACGUCGCCAGUUUGAAGAUGAGAAAGUAAACUGGGAAGCUCAACAACGAAUUUUAGAACAACAGAACUCUUCAAGAACCUUGGAAAAGAACAAGAAGAAAGGGAAGAUCUUUUAAGCCCUCUGUUGACCACCAGUUAUGUAUUAGUUGCCAAUAUGCCAGCUUGGACAUCAGUGUUUGUUGGAUCCGUUGACCAAUUUGCACCAGUUUUAUCCAUAAUGAUGGAUUUAACAGCAUGACAAAAAUCUUAUUUUUUUGUUGUUCUUGAUGGAAAUUAAAAUGCCUUGAAUUGUUUAGGGUAUUGUGUACUUAGAAACUAACAGCUCUAAGUACCUUUCCUACAUUUUUUUUAACAUGUCUUCAAUUUAAUGCAAGAAACAUUUUACUGUUGUACAAUAAUGUUCUGGUGGUUUGAUUGUUUACAGGAUAUUACAAAAUUAAAGGACUCUGAAAGGUUUUUAUUGAGGAUAAAUUGCCAUAUUAUGAUGCAAACUAUGCUUCUCUAUGAUAAUUAUAAUACAAAGGUUCCAUUCAAUGCAGCGUAUACAAUAAUGUAAUUUAGUCUAACACAGUUGACCCUAUUUUUGACACUUCCAUUGUUUAAAUAUACACAUGGAAAAAAAAAAACCUAUAUGCUUACAAUGCACCUAGAGCUUUUCUAUAACAACUUUUUGUUGUUGUUUGUUUUGGAUUCUUUAAAUAUAUAUUAUUCUCAUUUUAGUGCCCUCUGUAGCCAGAAUUUUAUUAUUGCUUCAUUUUUGUAAUAACAUUUUAUUUAGGUAUUUUCCAUAUAUUGGCCCUGCUAAAAUAGAUAUAGCAUCAUUCAUAUUGUAGGAACCAACAAGGAAACUUUCCUUUAAUUCCCUUUUUUCACUUUAUGGUAAGUAGAAGGGGGGCAAUGCAUUUAUAGAUUCUUUCUAGGCAAAUUGUGAAGCUAAUGACCAACCUGUUUCUACCUAUGUGCAGUGUCUUUAUUUUACUAGAAAUGAGACUCAUGCCUCUUACAAAGAACAAAAAGUCACCAUCCUGCAUUUAGCUGUAUUCAUAUAUGCAUUUCUGUAUUUUUUGUUUGUAUUGUAAAAAAUUCGCAUAAUAAACAAUGUGAUGU